AAGAGAUGGGGGCGGCGGAGGCGGACCGGACGCUCUUCGUGGGCAACCUCGACCCCCGCGUGACCGAGGAGCUGGUCUUCGAGCUCUUCCACCAGGCAGGCCCAGUCAUUAAAGUAAAGAUCCCGAACGACAGGGAUGGGAAACCAAAACAGUUUGCAUUUGUGAAUUUCAAACAUGAAGAAUCUGUUCCCUAUGGCAUGAGUCUGCUUAAUGGGAUCAAACUUUUUGGGAGACCACUCAAAAUUCAGUUCCGAUCAGGGAGCAGUCAUGCAUCUCAAGAGGUCACUUCACCCUAUGCCCCACAUGGAUUUGCAAACGGAAACCCCUCAAGUCCACAGCAUCUAGCAGCAGCAUACAGCAACAGAUUCGAGAGGAACAGCGAGAACAUGUCAGCUGCUCAGAGAUCCUUCUCACCUCUAGAUAACCAUCAAACAAAGGCCAUGAUGACUUUGGCAUGGCAGCAGGUCCCAUCGUAUGGCGGAAGACACAGCUCUUCGCUUCCUGAGUCUUUGCCUGGAGGCCAGCAGGGUUACUCCUUCCCCCGGUCCUCGGCCUCCCCAGCGCACUGGCGCUCUGAGCCUCCCCGCAAGGGCAGAGUGAGUUCCCACCCGUACCAGUCUGGCCACAGGCACCACGGCCAGGAGCAGAGGCGGGUUGUGGACUGCGGCUCCAAUUAUGCCUUCCGGGGGAACCGGGAAGAGCAUUACCACGAUGACAGGAACUAUGGAGGCUGGAGCUGAAUUACGACAGCCAGCAUUUCCAAGAUGGCAAAUGGCGCCCUGCCCGUCACUAGCAAGUAUUCAGAACGGAUGUUAUGAACAUUUUUUCUUGACGGUUCUUUCCCUUUUUAAAGCUUCUUUUCUUCCCUUUAUGAAGAGCUUGUAGAUGGUAACUCCACAAGUUGCCUUUUUAAAAAGAGAAAGUUUUAUACGUAUCAUCUGCAGUGUGUAUUUUGAGAGAAAA